CUCCAAAGGAGAUACUUCGUACUUUCCUACUCAACGAUCUCAGUCUCACUCAUUCCCUGGAAGCAAACGAUAUUUCUAAACAUCUUGGAGCUUCUUCCUCGCUGUUAUUCACACUUUGAAGUUGAUGAAGUGGCCACAACCAUUUGCAUUAGAUGCAAGAUGAAUAUGGCGUAUUCUCGUCAACGUUCUUAUCGCAUCAUCGUCAAUGCUGAUUCAAUCAGGGUUUACCGCUCUGUAUUCGUGAUUAAAGCAUUUGAGACUACCCUUAAGAUCAUCAGGCUCAACGUAAAGAUGCUUUGCGACAAGGAAGGAUGUGGGAAACGAAACUAUGUUCAACGUAUGAUAAACAAUCUCCCAACUGUUUUCACAAUUGCACUUCAGUGGGAGAACAAUGAGACUAGCAUCGAUAUAUACAGUACGGCUACUGUUAUAGAAACUGAGAUAUGUAUUAGUGCCAUAUACAGAUACAAAUGUGACAGCUUAUACACCAAAUACCGUCUGGUCUCAAUGGUUUGCUCGCAUGGAGAUCAAUACAACUGUAUAGCUUAUGAAAACUAUAGAUGGGUCAGAUAUUUUGGUUCUGAGAAAGAGGUUAUAGGAGACUGGAAGAGUGUUGUCAACAGUUUCCUAACGCACGAUAUUCGACCCGAGAUUCUGUUUUUUGAGAGCGUACGUAAGCUCCUUGGACUGCAUACAUGCUUAUUUCCACCUACAUGA